AUGGAGAAGGAAGACUGGAUUCUGCUCUGCAUCUCCCUAGGCUGGUGUGGCAUAUUUGCAGGAGCUGCCGCCUUCAAUGCAUGGCGAGCGUCAACGCGGGAAGAAAGGCAUCCUUACAUCAAAGAUGCGAUAUCCACCCUAAAGUGCAAUAAGGCCGUCGUGGAAUAUGUGGGGGAGCCUUUUGAGGUGAAGAUCACGGAAGAGCACAGCGAAACUUUUGCACCAUGGAAGCGACUGGUGCUGAAGUUGAAGGGCCCUAAGAGGUCUACACAGGCAUUUGUCUGCGCACAGCGCGAUGGGUACAGCGAGCAUGAACUGAUUGAUAAAGUUGACGAAGAAGAAGGGUCGUUGUGGACUCGGCCUUACCUGCUUAAACAGUGGCUGGUCAAUGCAAUCAGCGAUGCAUGGGACGUUAUGCGGGUGCUAUCGGCACCCAAAGGGACAGAAGGCAGGUACAGCACCGACGGGAUAGGGCACUGGAAAGUGAUGUCUUUGUUCGUGUUGGCCCCUCAAGACCAGCUUCCGGAGAGUUCAGGCUGCCCGAAGGGAACACCUUCCGUUAUUUCCUGCAAGGGUAGCCCUGAGGACAACCCAGAUUGGUACCGCUUGAUUGCGCCAGAGCAGAACACGGAGAGACUCUUCUCCCACUGGAUCGCGAAUUCGUGCCUGUUGCUCCUGUGUGCGUAUUCAAUGAGGCGGGCUCGGAAAGAAUGGAAGAUGGCCGCUCAACGGCUUUCUUCUCUUCGAUUCGUCAGCCAUUUCACUAAGCACCACCGAGACCUGCAGCUACUGACUACCCGCCAGCUACAAGACGCCGUUCGGAGAAGCCAAUCACGAGACACUUCAGACUGUGUCACGGCCGGCGACAAACAUGGCAAGGCUCCCCAGGUGCACCUACGAUACUUCACGGGGCAGCUUUCGCAUGAAGCUAUAAACGGCGUGGCUCAUCUUGAGAUCCGUAGCCGUGACGACACAGGAGGUGAUCCUGACAUUGCCGACAUGCUGCAGUGCGAGUUGCGACUGCAGGCUCACCGCCCUUCUCCGUCAGAUCCUUAUAUUGCGCUCGAGAGCACUCUGUCGCUGAUUCAGGAGCCACGAGACGCCGCAGACCCGCCAUUCCCCGUUGUGCGCACUUACGCCUUAGACCCCAAGGCACUGACUGUGCCUGCCGAGGCGUAA